AUGGCAACAAUUCAGGAGCGGAUUGCGGCCUUGAACCAGGCGCAUGUUGGACGAGGACCAGUUCCUUCUCCUCCUCACGAAAUUAGGCCAGAUUUACCUGGCUCAAGACCUUCGAUGUCCGGUAGAUACGUGGCGCCAGCAAAUGAGUCGCGUGCCCCUCCCGUCCCAGUCAGAGACCAGGAAAUACUCCCACCUCCAUCCAUUACAAGGACGGGUCAGAAGUCACCUACCACGACAACUAAGCCAAGGAAACCACCGCCUCCUCUCCCUACGAGAAAAGUUACGGGGGAGCCAUCACCUGCGCUACCCCCGCGCAAACCGGCCGAUACACACACCCGCAGAAACUCAGGAGAUUCUUCGUUGUCCGCCACCUCUAUAUCGACAAGGGCAACGACAAGCUCCUCAGGAAAUGGCAAGUCGCCUUCUAUUCGGUCCACAUCAACUGAAAGUUUAACAACUCGCAAGCUUGCCCCAGCAUGGGGAGAAACUGCACUUCCCCCAUUGCCUCCAAAGAGAAAUACGAAUACAGAUGGGAACCCGACGCUGAAAUCUCGAUCGUCUUUGGGGGUGCUUGAUAGCAACUGCAAGACAUCCUCCUCAUCUCUCUCGUCUCUGACACCAAAAUUGCCGCUUCGAUCGCAUUCAUCCAAUACCAAUGAUCUACCGGCAAUCCCACCGCGGAAAUUUGCAAUUAAGGAUUUGGAUGCCCCGCCGCAAUUACCCCAGCGCAAAAUUCCGCCACCUGCCCCGUCAUUCAAGGCUAUUGAAAAGAUAAGGGAAUCCUCCUUCGCUACUCUGAAAAAUGCUUCAAUACAUCAUGGGCUAGUUCCGAAUGGUGAUACACAUGGACAAAAAGCCAGUGGCUCACCGCCUCCAAUUCCUCUGGGUUCUCGCCCUGAUUUGUCGAAAAUACAGGCAACUAAACCACGAAUGCCUUCUUGCUCCUCGCCCUCUAGCACUGGCUCAACAACAGUUUGUAUGAUAUGUCGUGACUUCUCCGGACCAGAUUCGCAUGCCGCACGAUUUCCAAGACAAUCUCUUCCUACACAAGAUCUCUCCUGGUUGGCCAACCAACUUACCGCUCCCUUCUCAUCUCUCACCGACAAAGCUCGUGCAAUAUUCACUUGGUUACACCAUAAUAUCGAUUAUAAUGUCGACGCAUUCUUUAACAAUAAGUUGAAAUCUUCAACGCCAGAAAGCACAUUAACCACCGGGCUAGCUGUUUGCGAAGGGUAUGCUGGCCUCUUCGAAAGGUUGGCAACGCUUGCUGGAUUAGAGGCGCGAGUAAUUACAGGUCAUGGCAAAGGCUACGGCUACACUCCACUCGCCCCAGGUUCGCCGAAACCUCCAUACGAUGGAAACCAUGCGUGGAACGUUGUGCGGAUUGACAAUGGACAGUGGAAGCUUAUCGACAGCUGUUGGGGUGCCGGGAACGUCAGCGGCAAAGGCCAGCCGUACAACCGGGAAUUCACACCAGAAUAUUUCACCAUGUCCAACGAUGAAUUCGGCAACAAACAUUUCCCAGCGAACCCUGGAGAUUUCUACCGAGAUGAUGGCCGUCCAAGUAUAUCCUGGGAGGAAUACAUCAGCAUCAACCCCUCUUGUCCAAAUGGCGUCGAACCUCCUAUCUUAUACACCGGUAUAAAGCAAGAGCAUGGAAUUGGCGAGAGGUCUCUUCAGCCACGGUCGAGGAAGAUCGCCGUCCACCAGCCCGGCCCAAUACGUUUCCAAUUCGGCCUCAUCUGCGAACACUGGACGCUUGCACGCAGCAACAUCCGCGCGCCGUGUCUUUUCGUUUUAUUCGCUAAUGGUGUCGACGGGAGCGGGAAAGAGUACAUACCCUUCCACUAUGUCCGUGGAUCUGACCCAGGUGGUGGUGGUGACCAUUGCGUAACGAGCUUUGGGGAUCUAAAGGAUACGCGAGGCCUUAGUAGAGAGGAGUUUCUUCGUGGUGUAGGUAGGAAGGCAAUGGGAUUUGGGGGUAUUGCGGAGUGGGAGCUUGUAUGA